UUCUUAAGGGGAGCUGUCAGAUCAGCACCACGUCGCGCGCUCUGUUUGCGCCAGGAAUAGUCCUGGUUAACUACAGAAGACACUUUACCGGGUUUACAGCGCCCUUGAUCGGAUUUUGUGCUUAGACGUCUCUCGAUCUCUGUGGUUUGACAUGCCACUAGGUCGAGAAAGCAGUUUUCGCGAUGAUUUUUGGGUAUAUCUCUACUUUUGAGGUGUAUUUUACGCCCUGAACUUCAGCCGUGAUUGUUGCUUUUUAAUUUUUUUUUUAAAGGCUUUUCGUGUCUUACGUGACUGACCUGGCAGAUAUGUGUCCUCUCCUGUACGGACUGUUGUGUUUGUGCGCGCUGGGCUGCUGUCAGCAACCGAGCGCGCGGGUGGAUGAUGGAAAACGGUACAUAUGUCGCGCCGUCCCCAUCAGUGGCGACACGACCUGCCCGGUGACACUGCUGCCCGAGCUGAGCCCCGGGAGCCAAGAGGAAGAGCUCAGAAACACUGUCAUGCAACUACGGGACACAAUUUUACAACAGAAAGAAACCAUUUCAAAACAGAUUGGCACCAUCAACCAACUAACCACCAAACUGUCUCUGUGCGCCUCAGCCUCCGACGACAGGACGUACGGCAAGGCGGGGUCCCCGGGCAAAGACAAACAAAAUACAAUGGGGGAUGUGCCCAGAGAUCCCAACGACACAAUUGACAGUUUGGGAAAAACCAUGCAGGGUCUCAAAGACCGACUGGAGAACCUGGAGCAACAAAUACGGGCCAACAUAUCGGGCGCUGCCUUCCCCAGCGAGCUUCGCGAUCUACUGCAGCUUCGCCUUGCAGAUCUGGAAAAGCAACUCCUGAAGAAAGUCAGCAACCUGGAGGAGGAGAAGAGCUUGCUGUCCAACGCAACCGUCGCCUACAGGCUGAAGACGGAAAACACACUGAACGCUCUGGUGGACAGGAUCAGUGAGCUGGAGAAAGGCAGCGGUGACUUCAAAUCCCCUGAGCAGUUUAAGGUGUCUCUCCCACAGCGUACCAAUUACCUCUAUGGACGCAUCACUAAGAGCCUUCCAGAGAUGUACGCCUUCACCCUCUGCAUGUGGAUCAAGUCCAGCGCCAGCCCCGGCAUUGGCACACCCUUUUCUUAUGGUGUGCCGGGCCAGGCCAAUGAGAUUGUGCUCAUUGAAUGGGGCAAUAACCCCAUCGAGCUGCUCAUCAAUGACAAGGUUGCACAACUGCCGCUGGAGGUAAGUGGUGGAAGGUGGCAGCACAUCUGCAUCUCUUGGACCACCCGUGACGGACAGUGGGAGGCUUACCAAGAUGGGGAGAAGCUGGGUAGCGGUGACAACUUGGCAGCCUGGCACCCCAUCAAACCCGGGGGGGUUAUCAUCCUCGGGCAGGAGCAGGACGUGGUGGGCGGGCGCUUCGAUGCCGGACAGGCAUUCGUGGGUGAGCUGAGUCAAGUGAACAUUUGGGACCGUGUUCUGAAGCCGGUCGAGAUCCAGACUAUGGCCAACUGUACAUCCUACCUACCUGGGAAUGUCAUCUCCUGGCUGGUGAACAACGUGGAGGUCUUUGGGAGGGGAGCGUCCAAACGGCCCCUGGAGAUGUGUCAGGAGCGACUCCCCAAUGCUUAAGUCUGAGUACUUUUCUAAAUGAGCUGUUUCUUUUAGCAUCUCGAGCAGUUUGAAUCAGUGAAUGAAUCAUUUUCCAAAGCAAUUAAAAGCAAAUUAUUAAU